AUGGAAGGAUCGAGCGGGUCGAAUUUUGGAAUAGACACUAUUUUAUCCAGCGCCUCCAAUUCCGUGAACGCCGUGCUCAUGAACGGAGACUUUCGACUCGGCGACAGCAGGACGGCGGAUUUCAGGAGCCAGGCCACCCCGUCACCAUGCUCGGAGAUAGACACUGUGGGAACGGCCCCCUCAUCCCCCAUCUCGGUCACCAUGGAGCACGCCGAUCCGCAUCUGGUCCAAGACAGCCUUCAGCACCACCACCACCACCACCACCACCAUCACCACAGCAACAACCAGUCGCAAAGUUUGCCGCUGUCGCCUCAGCAGCAACCGCUCGCAGGGGCCGGCUGUGCCCCGAGGACUGCCACCUCUUCAUUUCUAAUCAAAGACAUUUUAGGCGACAGUAAACCGCUGGCAGCGUGCGCACCUUACAGCACCAGCGUACCGUCCCCCCAUCACACACCCAAACCGGAAAGUGCCGCGGCGCCGGAUGGGUUCCGGCCCAAACUGGAGCAAGACGAGAACAGGAGCAAGUUGGACAAAAGGGAUGACAUUCAGAGUGACAUGAAAUGCAACGGAACUAAAGAAGAGGGCGACCGGGAAAUCUCCAGUAGCCGAGACACUCCACCGGUGCGCACGAAAAAGCCCCGCAAAGCACGCACGGCCUUCUCCGACCAUCAGCUCAACCAGCUCGAGCGCAGCUUCGAGCGGCAGAAAUACCUCAGCGUGCAGGACCGCAUGGACCUGGCCGCGGCUCUCAACCUGACAGACACGCAGGUGAAGACCUGGUACCAAAACCGACGGACGAAGUGGAAGAGACAGACCGCAGUCGGAUUAGAGCUACUGGCUGAAGCAGGAAAUUACUCCGCCUUACAACGAAUGUUCCCGUCGCCCUAUUUCUACCACCCCAGCCUGCUGGGCACCAUGGACAGCACAACAGCAGCCGCCGCGGCCGCAGCCAUGUACAGCAGUAUGUACCGGACUCCCUCCACGCCACAUCCGGGUCUCCAGAGACCGCUGGUCCCCAGAGUACUCAUCCACGGACUUGGGCCGGGGGGACAACCGGCACUAAACCCUCUGACUAACCCCAUGCCCGGCACACCGCACCCGCGAUAGAAAACAACAACAACAACAACAACAACAACAACAACAAGAACUAACAAGAGAAAAGACGAUGAUAUGUGAAAACAGUUUGAACACAUGUGAUGUGAGUACUAACUGCGUCGAGCCGCGCCGGGACUUGUGAAAAGACGCGGCAGACAUUUUACACAAGUAAAAGGAAAUAUUUAACGUACUACAUAGGCCUAACAAGCCCCCGCCCUGACACAAAGAACAGGCUGCCACAGAGAAAGACAAAAAAAAGAGGACUCCUCCUGUCUGACUGACUGUUUGUUUGUUCGUCUUUUGUACAAAUACACUUACAUUAGCAAAUAAACUUAUAAAGUUUAUUAGAUG